UGUCCUUUUCCUUCCUUUCCCACCUCCAGGACAUGACCGCCAGGGACCUUCUGCAGCAGAGGUACACUCUCCCGAACGGAGACACGGCCUGGCGGCCGUCUCCGCUGGUCACCGCCGCCAUCGAGGGCAAACUGCUGCUUCUGGACGGGAUACACAGGGUCAACCUGGGAACGCUGGCUGUGCUGUCGAGGUUGCUCCACGACAGGGAGCUGGAUCUGUACGACGGGACCCGGCUGCUGAGGUGGGACAGAUACCAGACCCUGAAGGAACAACUGCAGUUCAGUGACCAGCAGCUGCAAGAGAGGUCAAUCUUCCCCAUCCAUCCAUCAUUUCGGGUGCUGGCCCUGGCGGAGCCGCCCGUCGUCGGUGCCGGUACAAACAGCAGCAGCAGCAGAGGUCAGCAGUGGUUGGGUCCGGAGCUGCUCACGAUGUUCCUCUACCACACCGUCGCCCCGAUGGCCCGGGCUGAGGAGAUGGACCUCAUACACGGACUGACUCCUAAUGUCCCAAAGGAAGCAGCAGAGCAGCUCCUGCACCUCACACACAGCCUCCGCAAAACAAACGACCCUACAGCACAGUCUCUGGCCUCGUCUCUGUCCACCAGACAGCUGCUGAGGAUCUGUCGCCGUCUCUCUCAGUACCCCGAGGAGAGCAUCGCUCACGCCGUCAAUAAGGCCUGUCUGUCCAG